AUGUCAUAUAGUCACAUUAUCGCUGUUUGCUUCUUCGCCCUCUUGGCUGUUGUUGCCGCUAAACCCGGUGUAGUUGCACCUUUGGCUUAUACCGCUCCCGUGGCAUACUCUACUCCCUUGGCGUACUCUACACCGUUGGCCUACUCUGCUCCUUUGGCUUACCACACUGCCUCUGCCGUCGUCGGUAGUGCUGCCUAUGUUGCUCCCUAUGCCAGCAGCUACAAUGCCCACACCAUUGCCCACUCAGCUGCCUUCCCAGCCACCUAUGCUGUUGCCCCUGCCGCCGCUGUUGCUGCUCCAGUAGCCACCACUUUCGCUGCUGCUCCAGUUUUGUUGAAAAAGUAA